AUGUGCCUUAAGGUGAGAUGUGGCAGUAGGGAAGGACUAGCAUGCUUGGGGGAAAGAGGGGGGUGGCGAGAGUACGCAAGCAUGACCAGGAUGAGAUGGGGUCAACUUUGAUAUCAUGCAAGCCCAAUGAGUGUGUGUAUAAAGGAGUCCUUGACGUGACUUAGUCGUUGUAUAUUAAAUCACGCAAAUAUUAAAUUUAUAAAAGUAGAAAAUAUGAAUUUUCAGAUAUUUAGAAGUAUUUCUAAAUAAAUAUAUCAAUUAUAAUUCAAUAAAAAUUCCAAAAAUAGCGGUAAUUUUCCAGGUCGAUCAUAGGGAUGUAAUAUAAUAUCUGAUAAUUAUUCAGAAUUUUUCUCAAUGAAUACGAUUUUCUUACAAAUUUAAUACUAGGAAAUAAAAAGAAAAUAUAUUUAAAAUUCACGAAAAAAAACGAAAUAAGGGUGCGGACAUAAGGACGAUGUUAGUGCCCGAUGAACGCGAAUAAGGCGGAAACAGAGUUCCGCCCGACGAUUCUUACGUAAGCAAUUACAGAAGACUUAAUUAAUCAAAUUAAGAUUUGUAAAAGCAGGAAGAAUUGUAAUUUAACGAAGUAUAGUUUGGUAAAUUAAAAUCACACAAAGUAUUAGUAAAUGAAGCGUAAAUUAAAUUGAAAGUAGGAAAACAGAGUUCUAGCGUCACGACGGCGAUGCGUCAGCGAUGCACCGGAAUCCUAAGCGUUCGGGAGGAUCGUCGUGCAAUGUCCACGGCCUCGAAGGCUCUCCUUGGACAAAGACGACGUGGGCAAUCUCUAGAUCUUCUCGCGAAGUCUAGAGAUCAAUGAAGUGGGUCGUCGAAUCGUCUUUGGCGGCUGUCACCCGACGGAGCGGAAAAACGGCGACUUUGUGGCUCUCCGACGGCUGUCACCCGACGGAGAGGAGCUGGAUGGAGGUGGGGCACGUGUUAGGGAGCUUCAUCCUCAGGUCCGCACAGCAAGAGGAGGCUCUUCAUCGCAUCUGGUACGCUCUCAGGAGGUGGCGACUGGUCUCCUAGCAGAUCGUCCUCUUCCCGACGACGGCUUGUUCGUCGAUCAAUCGGAGAUGAUUUACUCGAUGGAUUCGCGAUCCUUUACUCUUGUUUUAUUUUCUGAUCAAUCGGAGAUGAUCAAUCGGCUUUCAAUUUAAUUUACACUUUAUUUAGUGAUACUUUGUUUGAUUUUAAUUUACCAAACUAUACUUUGUAAAAUUACGAUUCUUCCGGCUUUUACAGAUCUUAAUUUGAUUAAUUAAGUCGUCUGUAAUCGCUUACGUAAGAAUCGUCGGGCGAAACUCUGUUUCCGCCUGAUUUGCGUUCGCCAGGCGCUGAUGUCAUCCUGAUGCCCGCACCCUUAUUCCCUUUUUUUUCGUGAAUUUUAAAUAUAUUUCCUUUUUAUUUCCUAGUAUAAAAUUCGUAAGAAAAUUGUAUUCAUUGAGAAAAAUUCUGAAUAAUUACCAAAUAUUAUAUUACACCCCUGUGAUUGACCUGGAAAAUUACCACUAUUUUUUGAAUUUUUAUUAAAUUUUAAUUGAUAUAUUUAUUUAGAAAUACUUCUAAAUAUCUGAAAAUUCGUAUUUUCUAGUUUUAUAAAUUUUAUAUUUGCGUGAUUUAAUAUACAACGACUGAGUCACGUCAAAUUUUGGCGCCGUUGCCGGGGAUGUAUUGCAUAAUAUUUAGUAUUUUUCUAUUUUUCUCUUAGAGUACACAAAAAAAAAAACUUUACUCUCGUUUUAUUUUCUUUUUGCCAAUUUUUAUUAGAAAAAGGGAACGAAAAGAAGCACGGCAAGGACUGGAGCAUCCUGAAGGAGGGUAACAGUUACUAACUUUUUCCCUCGAAUUUAUUGAUUUUUAUGCAUGGUAGAAGAUCCUUACAUCCAAGGCUAGAAAAUCCUUUCAUUAUUUCAUUCAAAAAUAAAAAUUCGAAAGAAAAGUUAAUUUUGAUGGAUCCUAAAGGAAGUACAGGUCAAACUGAGAACAAUCCUAUGGCCAUGAAAAAUCAUUAUAUCCCUGAUUCAUUUCAAAGAGCAUCUAAUAUCAGAGUCCCAUUAGCACCCACUAUUAAAUUCGAAAUAAAUCUAGGAAUUUUUCAAAUACUCCCUAAUUUUCAUGGAUUGCCUUUAGAGGAACCUCAUCAGCACUUAGAAAAAUUUCAUAUGGUCUGUGAUUUAGUUAAUCUCCCUCAAGUUACACCGGAAAUUAUUAAGAUGAAAUUAUUCCCUCAUACACUUGGGGACAAAGCUAGUCAUUGGCUAUCCACAUUAGAUAGAGAAUUAACUAGCUGGAAAGAUAUAGAACAGGCCUUUCUUCGAAAAUUUUAUCCCUUAGGAAAAACUCAAAAUAUGAGAAAACAUAUAUGGAGUUUUUCUCAAAGACCAGGAGAAACUUUGCAUGAGACAUGGGAAAAAUUCAAAAAUUUACUUAGAAAGUGUCCUCAUCAUGCUAUACCCAAGUGGCAGCUCAAUAGAAUUUUUUAUGAUGGAUUAUUAGAACAACAUAGAAAUAUGGUUGAUUCUAUAUGUGGAGGAGCUUUUAUAGAGAAAACUCCUGAUGAGAUUUACAGUUUUUAUGAGAAUUUAAGUGAAAAUUCUAGAGAUCAAGCCUCUUUUGAAUUAUAUGACAGGGAAAUGAAGAGAGAAAUUUAUGAAUUACAUCAUGAUGAUAAUUCUAAACUUAGAAAUGAGGUUAAUCAGAUUAAUCAAAGAUUAGAAAAACUUGAUUUACUUAUUGACAAUAUUAAAAAGCCUCUUAACCCUCAAUUUAAUUCAAAUAUUACAUGUCCUACGUAUGGUGAAAAUGAUCAUUUCAAAUUUCAAUAUCAUCCUAGGCAAGAACAAGUGCAAGUACCUCACGAUUUUAGUAAAAAUUGGGAAUAUUUUUCUAAUUCUUAUAAUCCUAAUUGGGGGAAUAAUUUUUCGUGGAGAAACCCAAAUAAUAUUCAAAAUCCAGAAGCACUUAGAUCCAACUCAAACUCUGAAUUUUGUCCAAAACAAGAAAACCGAUUUCAGAAAAAUCAGCCCUCUCAAACCCAACAUGAUACUAUAGAAAUGAUGCAGCAAAUGAGCCAAAUGAUGCAACAAACUAUGAAUCAAAUGAUGCUUCAUCAGAAACAAAUUAUAGAGGCUCUUGAGAAUAAGAGAGAAGAGGGACAGCUACCUCGUCAGCCCAUAGAAAAUUCAGAAAACUGUCAAAUAGUAAGAUUUCAGCAAGAAGAGUCUAGCUGGAUAAAUUUUAAAAAAAACUCACAAAAUGAAAAUGUUAGGACAGUGAAUACAUUGAGUGAGAAUAUUUUACUUGAUCGUUAUUUCCAAUUAUUAGAAGAAAUUGAUGAUCCAUUAGAAGUAAAAAAGAAUAUUAAGGCCAAAAAUAUAGUAGCAGAAAAUUUGAAUAAAAUCAUUUAUUGCUCACAAUUGAUGAAUGAAUAUAGUGAGGAUGAUGAAGAGAAAGAACCCUUAGAUGAAGAAACAGCAACUAAUCAUAGAAAAAUCGUCCAAAUUUUAGUAGAAGGGAGUAAGGACAGAAAUGAAGAAAAAUAUAUUUCAGGUGAGGAAAAAUCAAUUGAUUUGGAAGAUGUAGGAGACGAAAUUAAUGAAUCUAAUCAUAAUUUUGCAACCAUAGAUGUUGAUUGUGAGGAUGAUGAUGUAUAUCAGAUACCAAAAUUAAAAGAUAGCUCUUGGGAAGAUGAAGAAUUUGAUGAGUUGAGAAACGAAAAGCUAGAAAAAGAAUUGAUUCAACUAAUGGGAACAAGCGAAAAUAAUAGAUAUGAAUAUAGAGAUAAUUUUGGAGGAGAAAAUUUGAAUUUUACUGAAUUCAUUAGAUCUGAGAUUAAAGAAGACAAUCCUUCCAUCUUUCAAAGCCCACAGCCCAUUAGAAUUAUUUCUAAGCUUGAAAUAUUUCACUCCUCGCAAAUUGAACAAAUAUGUAUGGAAGAUAAAAUGGAGCAGGGGAAGAUUAUGCAGAUAAAAGAAGACAUUAAGAAAUGGGUGAGUGGAAGAAUUAGAGAUACCAAUUUAGAUGAAAAAAAAUUAUAUUGGGUAAGAGCUAAUCUGAAAAUUAUAUGGCCUGAUCACAUUUUAUGGUUUAUUAAUAGAAAGUAUUUAUUAAUAAAUGAGAGCCUAACAAAAUAAGAUAGAAAUAAGGAAAGAUUCUUUUCAAAAUGGAAAUAUUAUUUUUGGGAAAAAAUUGUUAAUUUCCAUUUUGUUUUGGCUGAAAGUAUGUUAAGGUAUAUAUAUGAAGUAUAUGAAUUUAUGCUAAAUCUGAAAAAUAAUAUCAUGAAACUUACCUUGGGAUACAAAUAUAUUUUGAUGGCCAUAGAUCACCUUAUAUGAUGUAAGAGCUGUCCAGCUGGAGACAUUAAAUUCAGCGCUGCAUGGGAGUCAACCCAUGGUUUUUAUUUCAUUCUGUUUGAUUUUUUUUAAGCUCUGUUUUUCUUAGAAUUUCGUAGUACUUGUUUGUGUAUUUGUUUUUCUUUCGAAAAAGUGCAAGAGGAGUGUAAGAUGAAGUGAAAAAUUAAAAACAAGGUUGAGGUGAUGUCUUUCAGAGCUUCAUCAUUUAUGAAAAUAUUUUUAAUGCUUAACUUUGCAGAUAUGCAUGCUUCACUUGAAAAUUAUAUUUUCUGCAUAUUCUGUUUCGAGUUUUCUGUGUCAUUGAGUACAAUGUCAUUUUUAAGUUGGGGGGUGAAGUAUUCAUUAUUAAUUGAUACUGUAGUACGAUUAAGAACAUGUGUUUGCAUUUUAUUCAACUUAGAACAGCAACUAAAAAAAUAAAAAAUAAAAUAAAAUUCGGAAAAAUUGCAACAUCUAUUUUCUGGUUUUCUGUCAGAAACAAUAGACUGUCAAAAACAGCAGACAAAAAAUAGCCCGAAAUUUGAAAUUCUAGAAGACCCUUUUCUCACAUUUCAAUCCCCUAGAUAUAUAUUACUGAAAUUUGAAAUUACAGCUAUAAAGAAGAUAGUUUUGAUUUAUUUUUGACAAAUUUAUUACUGCUAAAAAUAGAAUUGAAAAUAGAAAACGGAAUUGUCAGAACUAUCUAAUUUACAAAUUCCUUACAUCAUAUUACAUGCAUGAAAAAUUAAAUCAAUUAGAUUGAUUGAUACCAAAAGAUACUAGGAAAAUUAUUAUUGAGUCAAAAGAAUGAUCUAGUAGCAUAAAAUGUUGGAAUACUUCUUGGAUACAUGAUAGAUAACAUGGAUUUGAUUUUACAGAUUUUCACUUCAUGAUCUUGAUGGAUAGUAUUUACUUGAUGUGAAAAUUUGAUUGAUCAUUUGAGUUUAAUGGAGAUUUUUGCACCCUGAUCUAUAGGACUUGUGAAGAGAAAUCACUUAUUUCGAAAAAAAAAAAAAAAGAGAGAGCAAUGUGAAAAAUCUAGAAACGAAGAGUACACAUGGAGGGUGUGAGACAUCAUUCUCAUUGUCGAAAAUCGUGCAUAGAAAAACACUUGCUGAAAAAUAAGUGGAUAAAGUGAAAGCCCUGAAAAUGAAGAGUACACAUGGAGGGUGUGAGACAUCAUUCUUAUUGUCGAAAUUUAUCUACAGGAAAAGCUACUUAUCUAUUAUUUAUAAAAAAAAAGAAAAAAAAAAAGAAGGAAGAAAUAUAGUGCAAACUUCAAAAAUCAAGUCAUAGAAAAAAGGAAAAUGUAAGAUCAAUAUUAUUCUUGGAUGAGUAUUGAUAAUUGGAAGAUCUUGUAAAUACAUCUAUGAGUAAAGAAGUGAUAAAGAUGUGAAUAGAAGAAGUGAAGUCUAGAUUGUUAUUCCAAUGAGUGUUUAAACAUUUAAGUGCUUGGCAUCAUUCUUAAAUACUUGAUAUAAGAAUCCAAAGUGUUUAACGAUGCAUCAUUUCUAAUUAUAUUUUUUUUCUGUAUUGAAAUAUGAUGUUUGAGAUUUAUAAAAUUUUAUUUUCGUAAUUCUAUUACUAAGGGACUAGCAAUAAUUUAAGUUGGGGGGUGAAAAUUUGACGUGACUCAAUCGUUGUAUGUUAAAUCACGCACAUAUAAAAUUUAUAAAACUAGAAAAUACGAAUUUUCAGAUAUUUAGAAGUAUUUCUAAAUAAAUAUAUCAAUUUUAAUUCAAUAAAAAUUCCAAAAAUAGUGGUAAUUUUCCAGGUCAAUCAUAGGGAUGUAAUAUAAUAUCUGGUAAUUAUUCAGAAUUUUUCUCAAUGAAUAAAAUUUUCUUACGAAUUUUAUACUAGGAAAUAAAAAGGAAAUGUAUUUAAAAUUCACGAAAAAAAAAGGAAAUAAGGGUGCGGGCAUCAGGAUGACGUCAGCGCCCGGCGAACGCGAAUCAGGCAGAAACAGAGUUCCGCCCAGCGAUUCUUACGUAAGCGAUUACAUACGACUUAAUUAAUCAAAUUAAGAUCUGUAAAAGCCGAAAGAAUCGUAAUUUAACGAAGUAUAGUUUGGUAAAUUAAAAUCACACAAAGUAUCACUAAAUAAAGUGUAAAUUAAAUUGAAAGCAGGAAAACAGAGUUCCGGUGUCGCGACGGCGAUACGUCGGCGAUGAAUCGGAAUCCUAAGCGUUCGGGAGGAUUGUCGUGCAGUGUCCACAGCCUCGAAGGCUCUCCUUGGACAAAGACGACGUGGGCAAUCUCUAGAUCUUCUCGCGAAGUCUAGAGAUCAAUGAAGUGGGUCGUCAAAUCGUCUCCGGCGGCUGUCACCCAGCAGAGCAAAAAAACGGCGACUUUGCGGCUCUCCGGCGGCUGUCACCCGACGAAGAGGCGCUGGAUGGAGGUGGGGCGCGUGUUAGGGAGCUUCAUCCUCAGGUCCACGCAGCAAGAGGAGGCUCUUCAUCGCAUCUGGUACGCUCUCAGGAGGUGGCGAUUGGUCUCCCGGCGGAUCGUCCUCUUCUCGACGACGGCUUGUUUGUCGAUCAAUCAGAGAUGAUUUACUCGAUGGAUUCGUAAUCCUUUUAUCGUGAAUCGUUCAGCAAUUUUAGUAGCAAUGCUCUGCGAAUCGCGUUGACGAGAUUUUCGCCGAUGAUCCAGCGAUUCUCGUUGCUUAAUCCUUCACCGGCGAUCUGCAGGAAAGUCACGAUAAUCAGAUAAAAAUAUAUGAAUUUUGACUCUGGGAGGAUUCAAACCCACGCCGGUCGCCCGCCUCUUCUGAGGAAGGUGUGACGAGGGUUUAGUCCCACAUUGGUUGUACGCCGAUUUUUCGGGCGAAUAUAUAGUAAUGUUAGCUUUGUGAGCAAAGUCCCUUCUCUCGCGUGUAUGACCACUCCUUGCCCCACAAUCGACUGGCCACUGGUGACGUGGAAGGGGAGUGGCGUACGCGUGCCCUGUCGGUCCCCAAGCCAAGCCGCUCGAGCCCCUGCUCGCGGCUUACUCCCCGACUGCGCUUUCGACCCGCUUGCGGGCCCGACUGGCUGGCGGGUUCCCCCAUUUUUGCAAUAUUUUUAUUUUUAUUUCUUGUUCUUCAUUUAUCUCAAAAGUAAGACUGUAAAAAUCAUAUAAAAUCACAUAAUUACCCAAAAAUUCACGUUAAUCAAUUGAAAACUAAAAAUCAUUCUUUAACACAAAUAUAAGUCUAUUUAUCAUGAGUUAAGGCUAAAAUUAUAUUAUUUACUAAUUAUUAACUCAUGAUAAUGAAGACUUAUCAGUCCUCUACCCUAUAUAUAUAAGGAGAGAAAGCAAGAGAGAGAGAGAGAGAGAGAGAGAGAGAGAGAGAUACAAUAAGAUAGAGUAGGCCCAUUAGACUUGUACAGCCCACUCACAAUUGUUCUGAUGAAUAGUUUACAAGAUGUCAGGUAUUAGGCUCAAAAUGACAACUAGAGAACCCUCUAAAGUUGCAUUCACUUGUAUGCUAUAUUUUUUUAGACUAACAACCUGAGAGUUGAUUUUCCUUUUUUUUUUAUUCAUAGUUUUAAUUAGUACUUACAUGAGUCUUCUACAUAAGAAAAUCAGAUUAUUUUUGUGUGAAGUUAUAUUUUUGUGUUGGAGAGACUAUGUUGUCUUACUAAAGUAGUGCUAUGAAAAUCAAUAGAGUUUUAAUAACAAUCUAAAUCAUAAAACAUUUUGACAAUUGACCAUGAAUAAUGAAUACACCCUAAAAAAAAGUUGACUAAAAUUGUAUUGAUAUCAUUUAAACCUUCAAGAUAUGUAGAGAUAGAUAAAGCUAAAAUAUUAAAUCCUAAUAAAAUUACUUUUAUAAUAAAAUCAAAAUUUAUAUAAAUAAAAAAAUAAAUUUUCAAAAUCUACUAUACUAUAUUUUGCAACAUUGGCGUGAUGAUUUUUUGAUUUUUUUCUAUUUCAUUUAAGGAAAAAAAAAAAAAAUUUGUGAUGUUCUAUUGAUGAAAAGCUCAUUUAGAUAUUACUUUCUCAAUAUAAUAUUCAAAGUAGAAAUAUCAUUGGAACUACUACAUUUAAGUUAGGUAUAGAGAAGUACCUUAAAUAGCUUUAUUCUUUCAAGAUAGUGGAUCUAUACAUGUUUUGUCAUGAUACAUGUUCAUUUUAAAGUAUGUAAAGCCCAAAAGAGCCUUGAGCACCUAACAUAAGAUCUAGAGUAAUUAUAAAACAUUUUAUUGAUAUAGUACAAAGUUUUGAACAUAAACCUAGAUUUUAGGAGAUCCAAACCUUCAACUUAUAAUGAGUAUUAAUAGAAUUAAGAAGAUAUUGAAUCUUUAA